AUGUACACUGCGAUCGAAUUCUACAACGCCAGCUUUAACCGGCUUAAGCUUUCCAGUCGGCUGAUCGGUGCGGGUUUGUGGGAAAAGCAGGAAGGCAUAUUGUGGGGUCGGGUCGCGAGCGUGAUGCAGAUAGUGUUGUUUUUGACUUUGCAUGCUUGGACGGGCUACAAGUAUCGCUAUGAUGCGCUACAGAUGCUCGAGACGCAAUCGCUCAUCUGUACCGGUGCCGCGUUGAUGAUCAAGUACUUUACGAUGAUUCGGAAUCCGGCCCCGGUCCGUGAGCUUUCGGGCAAUAUUGAAACGCAGAUGUACACCAAGUAUCAGGAGAUGAGCCCCGAGUAUCCAGUGGUGCUGAAGUAUGGACGGGUAUUGUACAUUGCUGGGCACAUCAUGAUCGGAGGAUACUUUGGUUCGUUGUUUAUCAUAUGGAUCAAUCCGCUGAUCAUGUAUUUUAAAGAAGGUCGUGUGAUGUUGCUGUUUUUCUGCGAAAUUCCGUACGUCGAUUGGACGGUGAUGAAAGGCUACUGGAUCACGGUUAUAUUGCAGCUUUUCUUCUACAUCACCGGAACGUGCGGAUUGAUUUUGGUCGAUUAUUUGUGCGCAUAUUUCACGAUCAACGGGUCACUGUACGUGGACAUUUUGCGCUUUCAUCUAGACGAACUCAGCGAGCUGCUAGCUAGUCCGGGUUAUCAGACGCGCAACUCGCCGGAAAUUAUGGCGAAGGUGAGCCGCAAAUGGAGAAUGUGUCUCGUGGAGCAUCAACGCAUCGUAGAAUAUUAUGAUAAUUUUUCCGACCUGUGGAGUAUGAUUAACCUAGCACAAGUGAGCUGUAGUGUGUUUGGGAUCUGCAUCAAUAUGCUGAUUAUUUUCCUGACCGAUUGGUAUGCGGCGUAUGCAAUUUUGUUUGCACUGUUCAUAGACCUGUCGGUACAUUUUGUGCUAGGGGCUAUCAUCGAGAGAAAGGUUGACGAUCUGCAUAUUAGUUUGAUGCAUUUCCCUUGGUAUUUGAUGGACGAUAGGCGACAGAAAGAAUACAAGCUGCUACUAUUACGUGCGCAACAACCAUCUGGAAUGUCGAUUGCUGGUCUCACGCCAGUUAAUUAUGAAACCUACACUCAGGUGCGAUAG